AUGGCUUUCAUUUGUGGAUCCGGUGGCAACCGAGAAGACGAUUUUGACUUGGUUUGUCCGGCUUCAUCAACAACUCAAAGAAAAACAACAAGAAGACACAGUUUUUGUAGCAGAAGCAAUAAAGACAACAAGAACCCAUACGCAAGUCGUGGUCUUGAUAAGUUUGAAGCUCUAUUGGCGGAUCUUGAUGGCAAGAGACAGCAGAUCUUUACACAAAAAGGGUCUCACGAUAUCUCCUUAGUUCGGUUUGUGUACUCAAAUUCGAAUGAUGUGAAACCAAUUGUUGUCAAGAUCAAAGAUCAAAGAAAACAAGACAAAGAUCAGCACCAUAAGCUGAAUGGAAAUGCAAAAACGGCUGAAUCAUCUCCGGAGCAUCCGGUGGCUGCCGGAAGUGGUAAACCUAGCGGCGGCAUGGUGGUGCAACCAGCAAAACCAGUGGCUGAUAUGUGCAAGAAGAGGAUUAGUGUUGGUCAAUUGAGAUUAAAGUUUGGUCAAUGGUGGAGGCCUUGGUAUUCUUUGUCUCUUUUUGUGAUCUUGAUCUUGGUGUUCUUGGUGUUUUUUGGCCGGUCUUCUGCGAUAUUAUGCACUUCUCUAGGGUGGUAUAUGAUGCCCAUGAUUAACGCAACAUCUGAAAACCCUAAAAGACCGAAGAAGAUCAUGAAGAAAGAGUAUUCAAGAAAAUUUAGCGAGAAGAUGACCACAUCUCCAAGAAGCGUACUGAACAAUGAAAUGAUGAACAAUCAACCCCAUCGAAGAAGUUUUUGA